AUGUGCAAGCGGAGGGCCGACCUCGCCUUCCUCUUGGUCGUUGGUUGCUGCCUGGCCUGGUGGCAACCCACCAGCACCGACGCCCAGCUCAUAGCGAACACAACCUCCGGAGUCCAGGUCGAGUUCGCCCCUGGCAGUCCCAGCGUCGACCUCACCCCACGAGGAACCCAGGGCUCGCUUCGGCCCCAGGAGCAGGUGAGUCUCAGCCUCAACUCCCUAUCCGAGUACAGCCAAACCGAUGGGACCUUCUUCCAUUCCGCCACCUUGGUCAAUGGUGGCUGGCAGGAGGUGAACGACACCCGCUACAACGCCACGCGGUCGUUCGUGUAUGCGGCGUCGCUCGGGUUUUCCAACGGGGCGGGCAACCUGACGCUGAGUGGCACGGUCGAGCUGCAGUUCUUCGUGUUCGACCAGGACGCGUUGCUGUCGGUCGGCCCGGGCCUGCUGCCGUUCACUGUGUCGCCCUCGCUGGCCAAGUUCUCGCUCAAGGUCACCGACUGGCCGUGGGAGGGCCGGGAGGACCACGCGCUCGAGGUGCGGAUGGACAUCACGCCCGAGUACAACCGUAGCGAGCGCUUCGACAGCAGCCCGCAGGCCGGGCUCACCACCUUCAAGCUGUUCGGGCAGUACCCGUUGAAUCCGGACACCAUCACCCAGAUCCGGGUGGUGGAGGCCGUGGAGAUCGACGGUGUGGUGCUGGACCAAGGCGGCGUAGACUACCGCAUCGAUCGCGGCCAGCUCCUCAUGCAAUUCGACCACUUCACCUCUUACUUUCUCUACGACCCUGAUGUCGGAGUGCUUCUUGGUGCCUCGGGAGGUGAGCAGGAUAGCGUGAGCGACAACACGGCCCUGAUCGUGUCGCUCUCGGUCAUCCUGCCCGUUGCCGCCAUCGUGGUCAUCCUCGUGGGCGCCGCGGUGCUGGUGGCCUACCUCAAGCGAGAGAAGCUCCGCGCCUCGACCUCGGCCAUCGACAUCGGCGAGGAGCACAUGUGA